UGAGUCUUUGUCUUUGAAGUUCUUCUGAUGCAUAUCGGGUACUCCGAUCAUAACAUAUACAUACUGCGAAGCCAAGCGCUACCACUAGAGGCACGCCUUACCGGGUAUUGGACCAAAGGAAGCGACUCAAGAAGCCCAUUGGUGGAGUCACAGGACGGCGAGACAGCGAGACUGAUAGCAGGUUUCGGGUGUGCUGACCUAAUAUUUGUGCAUCCUCUGUCGCCGACUUAUAAGGCCAUAAGCCGUCUUUGGUCGUUAUUGAGGCUUCUCGUAUGGUAAUCGACAAUGACCUCUGAGUCACGACUCCCCCUUCCGCCUCACCUGCUCCCCGACCGAGAAGUCCACGUCGUAAUCUCACUCCUGUCCGGGCACCGCAAGGCCCAAGAAUACUACGAUGACACUCUCAAGCCAUUCCUGGACAGUUACGGUGUCAACUACAGCACUCACACAACAAAAUCCGCCAAGUCGAUCACUGAAUUGACGACAGGAUUGAUUCUACCGAAUGCCACAAAAGGUGUCAAACAGACAAUCAUUCUACUAUCGGGCGAUGGCGGCGUGGUUGACAUCGUCGAUACGCUCACUUCUAAGCUCAACGGGCGGCCUUCGGUCUUUAUCAAGCCUGUCAUCGCCCUUGUACCCUUGGGCACGGCAAACGCUCUGGCAUGGAGCUCAGCGGUGGCUCAAGAUCCGUUGAAGGUUAUGCUGACUGGGACACCGAAAUCUUUACCAUCAUUUCAAGCACGAUUUAGCCCCGGUGCGAAGCUGGUUGUUGAUGAAGGACAAGGUCGGGAAGCACUGCCAAACUCAGAAGACGAUGAGACCGCCAUGUAUGGUGCUGUGGUAUUCAGCUGGGGUCUGCAUGCUAGCCUGGUAGCCAUGAGUGACACCACCGAGUAUCGCAAGCAUGGCUUGGAGCGGUUUCGCAUGGCAGCAGAACAGCUGUUGAAGGAUUCUCAUCGCUACAGAGGCAAAGUGAAAUGGAGGAAAGCGGGUGGGGAGUGGACGGAAUUAUCUGGGCCAGAGCAUUCCUAUAUCCUUGCUUCUCUGGUUUCCAAUCUUGAAGAGAAAUUCCAGAUCUCUCCUGCGACGAAACCGGUCGAUGGUACGUUAAGACUUGUGCACAUUGGUGCCGAGGCUGGUUCGGAAAUAAUGCGCCUGCUUGGGCUGGCAUAUCAGUCUGGCAAGCAUGUCGCUGAUCCGAAGGUGACAUAUGAAGACAUUGAUGGUCUGAGGAUCGAGUUUGAUGAAGAAGAAGAGCAGUGGAGAAUGGUCUGUGUGGAUGGGAAGAUAAUUGCGAUAGCAAGAGGCGGCUGGGUGGAGGUGACUAGGAUUCCUGGUUCAGGUACAGAUGGACGAAGGGUCAUCGAGCUGGUCUGCUGAGGAUGCGACCAAGGCGGUUUGCAGUCAAUUAUGCCAUGGGGCGUAUUCUAAUAUCUAGCAUUCCUGCCCUCUGACGUAGGUGAUGGCUCGUUUGAAACGGCGAUAUCAGUAAGAAAAUGCCUGAAUGUU